CUUGAAAUUCAAUUCAACUAUUAAAAUAUCCUAAAAAGACCUUUGAAAAUUACGUAUAGCACUUCAAACAGUGCUCCAUAGAUUGCAUAGUCAUAUGCACCCAACUGAUAUCUACUUUGAAUAUCAUACUGAAAACAUUUUGUCAAUACCAACAAAUGUGAAUAAAGGAGUUUUUUGAGAAAGAUCUGAAGUCUGUAUGUUAGAAACAAGUUGAUGAGUGGUGAUCAUGUUUCCAUUUCUUUGGUAAUUGUUGAAUGAGACAGAAGUGGUAAAACAUGUGGCAGAAACAGUUUGUGAGCGUAUCAAAUGAAACGCCAUCUCAAAGAAAGCGAAGAUGGCUGUCGAUCAAGAUCUUAUGUCUGACUAUGUUUUUCGACAGCUUAUCCUUCUCUAUCGUGCUCUCCUCCAUAUGGCCUUAUUUACAAAAAGUAGGAGGUGAUCCUAAUUUGACGCCAAUUUAUGCUGGAUGGGCGAAUGUCGGGUUUCAACUGGCAGGAAUAUUUAUAGACUUUAUUAUUGGUCACUGGACUAAUAAGCGAGGCUCUACGGAACCAAUUCUAAUAUCUUUAAUAUUUUUUGGUGUCGGGAAUUUUCUUUAUGGUUAUGCAGAAGCUUUUGGCAGUUUUGGCGUUCCAAUGAUUAUACUCUCGCGUACUUUGAUUGGCUUAUCAACAGGUGUCGAUGUGGUAUCACGUGUUGUACUAGCAGAAUCAACUACGUUAAAAGAACGCACAAGCGCCAUGGCAUACAUGUCCAUUGCACACGGACUUGGUUUUUCAUUUGGACCAGCUGUUCAACUGGCAACAAUACCAUUAGGUGAUAAAGGUGUCUACAUAUCAACUCUUAGAUUGUACCUUAACCUUUAUACUGCGCCUGCAUUUGCCAGUAUAUUGAUCGCAAUAGCAAAUAUAGCCAUUGUGAUUGGAUGGUAUCAAGAAUUUCAUGUGGAUAUAUACAAGGAUCAUGAAGGAGAUGAGAGUAUCAAUAAAUACAAAAAACUUCUACGAGCCCAUGGAUUACAAAACACAAAAGCUGACCCAAUUGCAAUCAUCGCAACCCUCGUCCUUUAUUUUGUUGGACAGAGUGCGUUUGGUCUUUAUGAAACAAUAUUAACACCAUUAGCUAUGGAUGAAUUAGCAUGGAAUGGAGAAGAAACUGCUUUGUAUGUUGGUCUUCUUUUCCUUGCUGCUGGAAUAAUAGCUGUUUUUACAUUUGGAAUUUCUGACCUUCUUGAAAAAAGAUUCAACGAGCGUCUCAUAUUACUUGCUGGAUUUCUGUUAGUUUUGCUUGGUUUCAUAUCUCACCUUCCAUGGGGUACAACAUUUCCAAAGAUUAAACCAACAGUACCAUCUAAUGCAACUUCUGAGAUUCUGCAAUCUGCAAAGGAACUUGUUGGCUGUCCUGAAGAGUAUAAUUGGUGUACAACUACUCCACAAAUCAAGCUUCCGCAGUUUAUUAUUGGAAUGAUAUUUCUUUCAAUUGGAUAUCCAUUUAUACUUGUGAUGACAACCACAAUAUAUUCAAAGAUUUUAGGACCAAAACCACAGGGUAUAAUGCAAAGCUGGUUUGCGGCUACCGGUGGAGCAGCUAGAACAAUAGGUCCUGCUCUCGUCACUUAUGCAUACGUGGAAAUAGGACCAAGAUGGACAUUCUUUAGCGUUGAUGGAUUACUGAUGAUAUCCACUGUGUUAUUAAUUCUUGCAUACAAAAAACUUAUACCAUAUCAUUUGUUUGUUCUCAGGAAGAACAAAGCAGCAUUAGUUACUAUAGACGAUGAUAAAUUAGCAUUAACCGGAAGUUUGAGUUCGGACGAUUCUGCCUACUCAAAUAAUUAUGUGCUUAUGUCAGCGGUUUAGUAUACGAUCAUAUAGUAAGGUGGAAACACAGGAGCUUUGGUCCUAUUAUCAGUUGUCGACAAGUAAGUCAGACCUUCAAACAUUGGAAUAACAAAAUGUCAAAAACGGUAAACUUUUCAGAAAUACGAACAAGAAACUGGAGGAAAAGGGAAGCGCCUUUAAGUUUAAGGAUUUGAAGAUUUUAUGGAAAAUAUUAAUUAUGUACAAGGGUGUUUUGAAAGCUCUUUGAACACAAAAUGCAGGAAGUGUUCACAAAGGAAAACUAAACUUCUCCACUAGUAGAAGUAUAUUGCAAAACGAUUAUUAUAAACAUAAUUUUAAAAUGUAGACUAAAACUUAUAUUAAAAUGAAGUCAAAAAUUUGACUUUUUUGUACAUUAUAAUUCACGUUCUAUAGUGAAAAUAUGUUUAAAAACGUUACUAUUGUAAAUAUAUAAGUUUUAUAUAAUUUUUUUAAUUAAAAAGUGGUUUAUUAAAAAAAGAAAAAUAUCAACACUAUCGACAAGUACAUAAUGUGUUUUUAUUUCGUUAAUGUUUC